UGCUAGUGGACGACGUCGAUUCGUGUUCUAACCUGGUGCUUUGUUUAUGUUGUCACGUGCUUCACACAGUUUGUGGUUCUAGUUGUAACUUUGGUGCAACGUUCUGUUCCUGCUUUGGAAAUGAAAUCUACCUGUUUAGUUGUGAUUUGUUAAAACUUUGUGCUUUCGCGUAAAUUUUGUGCACUACUGGUCCGUUACUCUUGUGUUAAGGUUGUAGUGGUCAGUAAGUAAUUGUAUGUAAGUUAGAGAAGAUUUCACUUGAAGGAUAGAAUCUUAAUACAAACUUUUUGUGAACUAAUAGUUAUUUUGACCUAGUUUACUAACCUACCCUAAUGGGUUUGAAAUGAACCUGUUAGUUUCUCACUCUGUUGUUUUCUCUCCUGUCUUGCUCGAAGUUACGUAGCAGUAUGCUGUUGAGAUGAAGGUACGUCACUACCCCGGCCACGCCACCGCCAUUGGGCCUGCCAUGGAGUUCCACUAUGAAGCCAACUGGCAGGAGGUGAAUCAGAAAUGGGGCUUGCAGGAAAAUGAGAGGAAAACCGCGACUGUCAAAGAUAUCUCCAGGAUAGGUGUCAAACUACCGGGCUUGACCAGUAGAGUAGACCAUGAUAAAUGGGAGGACCUGGACCAGACCCGGCGGAGUGUGAACGCAGAGUCUCCCAAGAGAACGCCGGGCUCGAAAAAUAGUUCGACACAUUCCUCUCUAGAAAGACAAUUAAAAAAUGCCGACAAUAAGUUACCAAACGGGUUAGACCUGAGGAAGAACGGGUCGAACUCGAAUAGCACUUAUAGCGAAUUAGAGAAACGUUACCAAAUCAUCACCCCCAAAGAUGUGGCUAGCAUUCCGGAAAAUCUUGGGAAGAUUGUGCUCAAACAUUCAGAAAAGUCCGAGUCGAAGGCCGUUAAAGACAGAAGUGAGAGAACGAAGACUGUAACAAACAAAGACAGUGAUAGAAGUAGACACCAUGACGAAAAGGAAUUAGUUCGACCUGAAGUCGCAAACGGAAACAGAAGUGCGUUACGCCAGAACGGGAGAGAGCUUCCGGAGUUUAAACCCCCUAAAGGAACUGACGAUGCGAUGUCCGAAAACACCGAUGUCUCUCGACCUGUACCUCCAGUAAGGACAAAACCUUUACACCAACGCAACCCUAACGAUAUAAUUACACCUCCCCCACCUAAAAUCAGAUCUGGAACCUCGCCCGGGAAAUUUAGGGAACCGCCGCCAGUUCCGAAGCGCAUGGACGCUUUCAUAGACGAUCAAAUUCUGCCGAAGAUCUCCUACGAGUACAUCGGCUACCCGACAGAACAGGAGGAGUUUCCGAAACCGAAGGAGACGUUGGAGUUGCAGCCGAUCCCUGCUGAGCUGAAGCCAGUCAGAGUUCAGCCUCGUCAAGAUGAGAUAGUUUCCUCGUGGGCGGCGAGGAAAAGACGAGAGAUGCAACAGGAGAAACUGAGAAGAAAAGCACAAGUGUACAACCACCAUCCGUACGAGGAUAUAGACUCUUGGCAACUAGAGGACGACUUGUACAACGGUGACGUCUCCAAAAGAGGCAAAUCCAAAUCUCAAAGUGAUGGUUCCACCAGCAGCAGACAAAAGUCAAACAGCAGCGAUCUUCUCCGCGAAAGCUUCAGGAUAGACGCGAAAGAAAGGACUUCCUCGCUGGAUUCUGAUUUCGACCGCGUACCUUCCAACGUUUCAAACUUCAGUGACUUUAGAAGUGUUUCCAUGGAGAGUGUGAAGAAAAGGACUUCACCGGUGGAAAGUGCGAUAGAGCCUGAUUCUCUGAACCCAGUGGAGAGUCAGGAGUCGGAGUUCAUCAUUCCUAGGCCCAAGUUGAUCGUUCCUGUGCACACGUAUGGCAUCAGGAAACGACGGACGGGGAACAUGUUGCAUUCCUCGAGGAGAGGCAGUGAGGUGGACACUGUGGUCAGUGGAAGUGGACAUACUACGCUGGACAAGAAACAUCACACAUCAUGUCCAGAGGGAAGAGUGGAAGUUUCCCGGGAAAACAAGUACCUGAGCACGCUAGCCCCCGGGAAAGUGUUUGGAGAAUUGGCCAUCCUCUACAACUGCAAGCGAACAGCCACAAUCAAAGCCGCAUCGGACUGCAAGCUAUGGGCAAUAGAGCGACAAUGCUUCCAAACCAUCAUGAUGAGGACAGGACUCAUACGGCAGGCAGAGUACACGGACUUCCUGAAGAGUGUUCCAAUUUUCAAGAAUCUACCAGAAGAAACGUUAAUCAAGAUUUCAGAUGUCUUGGAAGAGACGUUCUACAACGAGGGAGACUACAUCAUCAGGCAAGGGGCGAGAGGUGACACCUUCUUCAUCAUUAGUAAAGGAAAAGUCAAAGUUACGAUAAAGCAGCCUAACACAGAAGAAGACAAAUUCAUCCGACAACUUAGUAAAGGAGACUUCUUCGGAGAGAAGGCGCUUCAAGGAGACGAUCUGAGGACAGCCAACAUAGUAGCGGACGACCCAGAGGGCGUCACUUGCUUGGUAAUUGACCGAGAGACGUUCAACCAACUCAUCUCCAGCCUCGAUGAGAUCAGAACUCGAUACAAGGAUGAAGCUGUCGAGAGGAAAAACAGGAUCAAUGAGGAGUUCAAGGAUGUUAAGUUGUCGGACUUGCGAGUGUUGGCAACUCUGGGUGUUGGAGGCUUCGGUCGUGUAGAGCUUGUACAAAUUUCUGCUGAUCCAGCGAGAUCCUUUGCUCUAAAACAGAUGAAGAAGAGUCAGAUUGUAGAGACAAGACAACAACAGCACAUCAUGUCUGAGAAGGAGAUUAUGAGUGAAGCAGACUGUGAUUUCAUCGUCAAACUGUUCAAGACGUUCAAAGACCGCAAGUACCUCUACAUGCUCAUGGAGUCCUGCUUGGGCGGAGAACUAUGGACUAUUCUCAGGGACAAAGGUCAUUUUGACGAUGCCACUACGAGGUUCUACACAGCUUGCGUGGUCGAGGCUUUUGAUUAUCUUCACUCUAGAAACAUCAUCUACAGGGACCUUAAACCUGAGAAUCUACUGUUGGACAUCAACGGUUAUGUCAAACUGGUUGACUUCGGGUUUGCCAAGAAAUUACUGCACGGCCGCAAGACAUGGACAUUCUGUGGUACGCCGGAGUACGUAGCGCCUGAGGUGAUUCUUAACAGAGGCCACGAUAUCAGUGCAGACUAUUGGUCCCUGGGAGUCCUCAUGUACGAGCUGCUCACAGGAACCCCGCCUUUCACUGGUGCAGAUCCAAUGAAGACUUACAACAUCAUCCUCAAAGGCAUAGAUGCCAUCGAGUUCCCUCGUAACAUCACUCGUAAUGCCACCGUUCUCAUCAAGAAGCUGUGCAGAGACAACCCAGCAGAACGGUUGGGUUACCAAAAAGGAGGCAUCAGUGAAAUUCAGAAACACAAAUGGUUUGAUGGGUUCAACUGGGAAGGUCUGCGUAACCGAACGCUGAUCCCACCCAUCCUGCCGAAGGUACGCAGCGUUGUAGACACGGGUAACUUUGAUGAGUAUCCACCAGACGCUGAGGGACCUCCGCCCGAUGAUAUCAGUGGCUGGGACGCAGACUUCUAGCCUCAAGGGUUGUAACCAACGGCUGAACCUUCUAUCCGGGAUAUUUAUCUCCCGGAAGGUGUACAUAUUCCUAUGUACCUGUACAUUUUGUAAACUGUGAGAAAGAAUUGUGAAUGCGUACUUUGUAGAUUUGAGGUUAGGUACGUUUGUCACCAUGAACUGAUGUGAUUUGGUCAAUGUACGUAAACAUUUUUUUUAUACAAGUGACGUUUAGGAAAAUACCACAGAUAAGUGCCUUGAUCAAUUUUAUUAUGUAGUGUAAGUUUCAAAAUUUAGGAGUAGCCUAUUUAAUUUGUUGAGAAAAUGUUCUGGUAUGCCUCAGUUAUAUUGAUUACAGUAAUGCUCCUCAGAAUCUCCUCAGAUGAAAAACAAUGACUUUGCCUUUUAACAUUGUAAUCUAUAUAAACUUUUUAGCUGAUUACAAAUAUCUUUUGACUGUGCCAUUUGUUGAGCUGCACUAUUCAAGCAAUGAUCGAAAUCAAAAACAAGGCAAUAGAAACUUUUGUUUGAAGGUGAUGAUGUUUGUUGUGCCAAAAUAAUUUAGUGCAGUACACUGCUUCUAACAGUGAACUUGUGAAAAAGUAUGUAAAAUAAUCUUUGACAAUGCGCUUGACUGGAAUUUCAGGCAUACAGUUAUUUUGUCUUUAUACCUGACAAUAAGAGUGUAUUUUCUGAGAGGUAAUAGAAAACACAGAUUCUACAUUGGUUUAUCAAGUAUUUUUGAUAUUUUGUAUACAUCUUCUGAUACCCCCAAAGUGACUUCGAAUUUUGAAAGCUUAUUGCCUGUUAUUGUGGCAAUAUGUCUUUGACAAUUUGUAAUAAUUAGAAAUGGCUAACUAAUUCCCUAGGUAUAGUCCUUUAUAAGGUGAAAUAAUAUAUCUGAUGUACGUUUUACAAAUACUUGGUACCCGUACAAUAAGCCCACCUUGGAAAUAGCCUUCAUGGAGUGCAUGUUACUGAAAGUGUACACUAAAUAAGAAAAAGUCAGUGACCUUAUGAUUUUGAAAGCUUUUUAAUUUUUAAAGACAAUUUUUAAAUUUAAGCUAAUUUUGGACUGAUCUGAUAUUAAAAUGUGAUCAGUUUCCAGUCCUAGCGUGUUAAUACUAAUGUGAAAUGUGAUUUGUACAGAUUGUAUAAAGUGUAAGUUUUUUUACCGUUUGUUUAACUAAGAUGGCUGUUUCUUGCCACAUUUCUUCCUCGUGUAUGUGACUUAGAUCCAUCGAGUCAUUUGUUAGGAAUAAAUUAUAUAUCGUUGUUAAAAAAGUUAUAGUUUUAUUUUUAGUUAGUAAUUAUCGCGUGUUAUACAGACAUGAAUUUCUUAUUUUAAUGUUGAUUGUUACAUUUGACUAACAAACUUUUUACUAUGAUUGUUAUGAAAUGAUGUUGUGCUGUUGUGAAAGCUGAUUUUUACACAAGUGAUGACAAUACAAAAUAAAAGUACGUAAAUUGUUU